AUGUUGAGUUUACCUUUUGCGAUCCGACCAAAGAUAGAAAAAGGGGCAAAUGAAGACCAAGACACUGUCAAUCUUGAUAGUUACCAAAAGAACCCUGUAUAUUCAAUCUUGUUGAAGCACCACGGGGUACUCCAACAGAAAUGCCCUUCAUCAUUGCCAUACAGAGAUCAUGGUGAGCAUCAGGUGGAAAUUGACACCUCUGAGGCAAUUUUUCAUCGACAGUCACCAGUGCAAGAGCGGGUUAUUAGUGCUUGGAUAGAGAAGUUGCUUGCAUCAGGUCUAAUCCGACCCUCGACUACUCCGCAUGUUCGACGCACGUUACCAAUACCACGUAAGGACACAAUAAUUGAGAAAAUGCAAGGUUUUCAUUGGUAUUCCUACAUGGACUUGUUAAGUGGAUACUACCAAUUCUGCAUGAGGGCUAGUGGCGUACCAUUGACAGUGUUUCAAACUGCUGAUGGAGCCAACGAAUAUGUCGUAUUACCUAUGGGUUUAUUUAAUGCGCCAGCGACGUUCAACGCGGGAAUUAGACAAAUACUAUUAUACUAUUAA